UGGCAAUCUAAAUGUGCAAUGCGCCUUCCGUUGGUUAUCUCAGUAAUAGUUGAUGUAGUAGUUUCAUCUGCACUUAAUAUAAAAGAAGUUGAUGUGGAUGGAAAUUACUAUGUGCAGUGGGGAGAUAACUUGGCCCUUACCUGUGCACAGGAUACUCCGCCAUUCGGAAAAGCUAGUAUUGAUUGGUUUCUCCCUUCACAACUAAACAGACCUGUUGGAUAUGGAAAUAAAGCUCAUGUUUACCGACAAGAUCAGUUGGAUUCUAUGGUAUUGGUUUUAGUUGUCCGAUCUGUGAUUACAGAUGAUUCCGGAACGUAUGUUUGCCGUACAGGAAGACAGGAGGGAAAUCAGUUUAUUGAAAUGGGUCGUAAAAGUGUCAAUGUCAUAGUAAGGAAGAGCAUCGUGGCUACAGACUGUCCGAGAGAUCAAUGGAUUCCUGUAUUAGAAGAGAAUACAAAUUGUUGGGGCAACGGUACAGACUGUGGGGGACCUACUGCUACGGUUCGAUGCAUAAUCGAGGCCUUUCCUGCACCUACAAUUCACUGGCGUUUCAAAGGUGUUCAGCUAACUACAGGUACUAAAUAUAUCAUAACAACUUUUGGGAUAACAAUUAUCAACCCAACAACUGAAGAUUCUGGUAUAUAUACGGUGAUUGCCAGACAACCACAACAAACUGCUGUCUUCGAUUUGCAAAUUUCUGCAUUCAGCCGUCCACGUAUAACUUCGGGUCCAUCAAUCGUUAGGACAUACAACAAUACUUUUGUAUCUGGCAGAGAAGCAUAUCUUCAGUGUUUAGCGUCUGGUCAGCCCCCACCUACUAUCCAUUGGUAUCAUGAACGAGACCCGCAAACAGAAUUACAGAAAGCAAAUCCUAAAAGGUUUUCAGUGAAUACAAAUUUUCGUGUUGGUCUACUGUGGAUUUCAGAGGUAUCUUAUCCUGAGGAUUCAGGCAUCUAUAUAUGCCGAGCUGUUAUUCUUGUUCCUGCAACGUAUUCUGGUUCCACUUUAGUGACAAUAACUGAAGCUCAGAUACCUAUCGAAGUUACACUUCCUCCCACAUUAAUACCACUCACAACUAUGCAUAGUUACGUAGAACUGGGAGGUACUGCUACCGUGCAAUGCCGAGUACGUGCUACAACGCCAUUGGAAUUAUAUUUCAAGCGUUUUAAUUCAAGCACAUCUUACAUAAGCGGUGUCCAACCUGGUGAUAAACGUAUUCGUGUGUGGAGAGAAAAUGAUGUGAAUGAUCCAUUGAAUCAUGACUUAUUUUUAACAAUUAAAAAUACGACUUUAGACGAUACAUGGAACUAUAGUUGUCAUGCAGUUAAUCAAGGUAAUUCUUCUUGGUGGAAUACAACAAUUCAAGUGAUGCAAACACCCCAAAUCUUGUUACAUUCAACUUUAAAUACAGAUAGUGAACUAAGUGGAUUAAGAUUUGGUUGGCGGUAUCAAGGAACCAAUGUAACUUGUAUAUCACGUGGAAUGCCACAUCCAACAUGGACUUGGUAUCGUCGUGGUGAGCAAAUAUUAAAUGGACAAAAUUCGACAUUUGUAAUAAUUAGUUAUGAUUAUUGGGAUCAUAGUCAAUCAUGGCUCCAAAUUACACCUUGUUUAUACACGGAACAUUUCAUAUAUGAUGAUUAUGUAUGCAAGGCGACAAAUAUCAAAGGGACAAACGAGAGUAAGGUGAGCUUUCGACGGGCUUCCGUUCCUGGACAACCGAGAUUAGAAAGCUAUUCAGUCACACAGUCAACGAUAUUUUUUAAUGUUAGUCCUCCUAUUAACACUGGAGGUAUGGCGACUUUAGCAUACGAAUUAACUUAUAGAGCUUUUGGUGGGCCUGAAGGAUGGUAUGGCCCUGUUACAUAUCCAUUAGAUGGGUCAAGAAGUUCUGGUAAGCCAAAGUUCGAAUUGACUGGUUUACUUGGUGAUACUAAUUAUCAGCUAAAGUUAUUGGCACGUAGCAUUGUUGGACAAGGUAUACCGUACAGUUUUUCAAUCACCACGGCUUCUAGUACUCGUCCAGGUCCUGUCGAGGUUAUUCACUCAGCAACUGGAAUUUAUCCAUAUGGACAUGUAAUAAAUUGGAUUCCACCAAUGAGUGGUGGCUCUCCUAUUCUGGGCUAUAGAAUUCGCGUUCGAUCGGUCGACAAUGACUUGAAUUUAAUUAGUAUGGUAGAAAAUAUUUCACCGUCUAGCUCGUGGAAAGUGUAUACACCAUCGUUCAAUAAUCCUUAUAUGAAUUAUUACCAUUUGGCUCCAUUGAAACCAGAUCAAACAUAUCAAUUAAUUGUAGAAGCUUAUAAUUGCCAUGGUUACUCUCUAGAUGGUGUUGAUAUUAAACAAUAUGGUUAUUUAAAUCGCACACCGACAUCAACACCUCAACUUCAACAAAUAUUUCCCGGUGAAAGAUUAAAUUAUCAAAAUUCUGAUAUAUUAUUAAAUCCUGUUAAUUCUUUAAUGAAUUUCAAACAGUCUGAUCUUGUUCCUAUAUGGUAUUUAUUUGAGACACCACCAGCUGAUGAAUCAGACCCUCCAUCGCUUAUAUUCAGCCAAAGUUCAUCUAUAUAUAACUCCCAUCAAAUUAUUUUAUUACUGGGAAUUCAUACUUUCAUUGCAUAUAUAUUCUAUUAA